UUUUUUUUCAUGUAGGAAAAGAUGGGUAAAGUUCUGCAAGCAUGUUUAAGUUCAAUUUCAAUAUAGAUGGUCCAGAAAGUGAUUCUAAUUUAGAAUAUGAUAGCACACAAGAGCUGCAAAAGAAAAAUCGGUUGUAUUGGUAUGAUGUAGACGAAAUCUUCUUGGAUAAAAGUAAACACUCAAAUAUUAGUUUGUACAAGCAGAAUUCAAAAUGUUUUUCAUUUUUGGACCAACAACUGUUUGUUGUUUCAUAUGAAAAGCAAAUUAAAUUGCAACAAACUAUAAAAAAUAGCAUCAAAAAUGCAGAUUUAAAUCACAGUGAUUUAGUUACUGCAGUCUAUGAAGGCGGUGCUAAAAUUUGGGAAUGCACUGAGGAUUUAUUAAUAUAUAUGCUUCAAAAUAAGAUAACUGAGAAUAUUAGCGGAAAAUUAGUUUUGGAUCUAGGUUGCGGAACAGGCCUCUUGGGUAUUUUUGCAGCUUUUAAUAACGCCAUUGUGCAUUUUCAAGACUAUAAUAAAGAUGUUUUAGAAUUAGUAACGAUACCAAAUGUUUUGAUUAAUUUGCCGUUCAAUUCGUGGUUGGAGUCGUCACAAAUGAAAUUUUUUUCUGGAGACUGGUCGAAAUAUGUAGAAGCAACAAAAAAUUCACCAAGAUUUGACUUAAUCUUGAGUUCGGAGACUAUUUACAAUCCAGACAAUCAUGCGAAACUUCUAAAUACUUUUGCAGAAAAAUUAAAAUCAACUGGUUUAAUAUACCUUGCAGCUAAAACGCAUUAUUUUGGGGUUGGAGGAGGCCUCAGGCAAUUUGAAGAUUUAAUAGUGAGAGAUAACCGGUUUAAAAGUAAAAUUGUGUGGAAAUCAACUAUAGGAGUUUGCAGAGAAAUUUUAGAAAUAAAAUUUAAAAGCUGAUUUUGUCACAUUCGCUAUAUACUCAAUAAAAUAUUUAAUUGGUACAUAAUAUGACAAUUUUUUA